AUGAAUCAACAAGCUAAUAAGGUAAAUACUGUGAAUGUACAAAGUUCCAUCGAAAAAAAGGUGGAAACGGUCGAUCAUCAAUCUUCGGCCGGGCAUGGACAAGAAGAGAGGAAAGUGCAGGUCAUUCAUGAACCCCAUUCCAAAACCAGCGGUGGUGUUCUUACAAGUGCUGCUGAUGCCGUGGCGUCCACUCUACAAUCUGCCAAGGAUGCAAUUUCUAAAAAAUAA